UAGACGAUCAUUUUAAUCCUAAACAAAAUGAAAUAGUGCAAUCGUAUAAGUUUCAUAUGAGGUGUCAAUCGGGCACUGAAAAUAUAAAAGAGUACGUGGCUAGUUUGCGGAAAUUGGCUAUAGAGUGCAAUUUUACCGAUCUGGAUCGCACAUUGCGCGACCGCUUAGUAUGUGGCAUUCGUGAUAAGGAUAUCCAAAAGCAGUUGUUGCAGCAGACGACGUUAUCAUUCGAUCAAGCGGUAAAAUUGGCGUUAACGGCAGAAACGGCGGACGCCGGAGUGAUAGUUAUGGCGGCGUCGGCGACGACGGCGACCUCUAGCGUGGCGCCUGCUACAACUAGCGGGGAUGAGCCAAUGGAAGUUAAUAAAAUUAAAGCAAGACCGUUAGAACCGAAUAAGGAGAAUAAGGAUUGUUGGCGGUGUGGCAAAAAACAUGGGAAUUUCUGUAGGUUCAGAUAUAGUAGAUGUUAUGUAUGUAAAAGAAUGGGCCAUAUCGCAGAGGUAUGUUCGGAUACACGAGACAAAGGUAAGUCGAAGGAAUCAAGUCGACUUAAUGGAUUGUAUGAGGAUGUCUUGUGUAACUGGGUGUCAAACAAAGUGGUGGCUCCGUUUUAUGCGGAGGUGCAAUUAGAUGGUCGAUUAGUAAACUUGGAAGUCGACUGCGGAGCAGCAUAUACCAUGUUGAGAGAGAGUACAGCGAGGGAAAUUUGGAAUGGUAACCUGCCAAGUUUGGAUAAGUCAAAGGUUAGGUUGACGACCUGGACUGAAAAUCAGGUAGAGUUGCUGGGAGAAGCUGAAGUGGAUGUAAAAUUUAAAAAUAUACAUACAAAGUUAAAUUUGCUGAUUGCAAGAGGCAACGGACCAGAUUUGUUAGGCCGGGAUUGGUUUCCAAAUUUGGGUAUAGGCAUUCAUGGUAUUAAUAACGUACGGAUAGAAGAUGCAGGUAUAGAUACGUUAUUGGGAGAAUAUGAAGAAGUUUUCCAGUCUGGUUUAGGAAAAUACACCGGGCCAGUAGUAACCAUACCUCUGAAACCUGAUGCGAAACCAAAAUUUUUGAAAUGUAGGCCCGUGGCAUUUGCAAUUAAAGAAAGAGUUUUACAAGAAAUUGACAGAUUGGUUGAAGAAGAUGUGUUGGAACCUGUGAGCCAUUCGGAGUUUGCCAGCCCACCGUCCGACAGACCAUCUUUGAAGAAGAUAGCUCUCCAGGAAUAUGGUAGCACAGACAUAGAGUCUGAUAGUGGAGAUGAUGCUCACUAUAAUGCAGAUAGCCAAUAGUUAGAUAAUUAGUUACCAAUACUAUAAUAAUCCCAAAAGACUAUGAAAGCAUGUGUAGGGUAUAAGUGAACAAUAUAGAUUAAGUGAAUAGACAGUGUAGUGUAACGGACUUAAAACAGAAAUUCGAAAUAUAGUGAAGUGUCAUCUAUCCUGAGGGAAAGGCAUGUUAUAUAUUGACAUGUGGGUAGAUCAUGAUGAUCUGCGGGUACCCCCAGUUCGGUUCUAGCCAGCAAGCCAGCACGCGUA